AUGGAUUCGAACAAUGCCCCCGCCUCCUUGACGGGCCGGGGCAGCGAUGAUGACAAUCCGCCCGCCGCUGUUUCGGAGGCACCGAACGAAGAAACCCCGCUUACGCCCCAAGAACACAUCGUGCACAGAGAGGGUGCGACUGUGGGCGGUACAGAUCGAGUGUACCCUAUUCGAUCGAUCAUUUCAUUCAACCCUCCUCCCACGGCUGUGAUCCAACCCAACGCCACGGCCGAGAUACGUUCGCCUCGGAGCGGUGCUCGCUCAUAUUCGAUCAUUGAUGCAGAGACCUGGGAUCAACUUAAUUCACAGCCCAGCACUUCCCCGCAGACCGAUGCCUCUCUCAGCCAACCCAAUAACAGUCCUGACCCAACUGGACCGCUCUCGCAGCAGUCGCCUGAGGUCUACACACCUGGCUCGAAUUCAGUAGAUCGAGGUCUCGUCAAGGACGCAAAUCCUGGACCGGAAAAAUUAGGACUAGUAGAUGGUGAUGUGGGCCUCGUUACUGCGCGAUUCCAGCAUGUGGUUACAGAGGGUGGCCAUGCUGUCAUAACUGGCAAAACCCCCGAUUCUUUUCGCGCCUGUGAAGAUGAACCGAUUCACAUCCCAGGCGCAGUACAGACCUUUGGUGUCAUGGUAGUUCUGCGCGAACAGCCUGAAGAUGCACUGACAGUUCAUGUGGCCAGUGAGAAUUCAGAGGCCAUUCUGGGUCACUCUCCAAGUAGCCUUUUUGCGCUAGAGAGCUUCUCGGACAUACUGCAGGAGGACCAAACCGACAUCCUUCUGGACCAUAUUGAUUUCAUCCGCGACGAAGCAUAUGAUCCUGCCGCGGACGGUCCGGAGGUUUUCAUCCUGGCUGUCAAUGAUCGAUUUGGGCGGCCUCGGCGGUUUUGGUGUGCUAUUCACGUUAAUAUAGCCCACCGAGAUGUGAUCAUCUGCGAGUUCGAAUUGGAGGAUGACCGCAUCAAUCCUCUGAACGCUGCUGGACGCACAACACCCACUUCGCCCACGGAUACUUUGGGUUUUCAGCCGACGCCAGACCAGCUAGCAAGUAGCACUGUUAAUAUAAGCCAGCCCCUACGAGUGCUGCGAAAUGCGCGCAGAAGAAGGGGCGAAGCGGCUGCUAUGGAGGUGUUCAGCAUUGUUAGCCAGAUCCAGGAUCAGCUUGGUGAUGCCCAAAACCUCGAUACAUUGCUUAACAUCACCAUUGGAAUAGUUAAGGAAUUGACCGGAUUUCACCGCGUGAUGAUCUAUCAGUUCGACACCGAGGCCAAUGGAACCGUGGUGGCCGAGUUAGUCGACAUGAGAACAACCAAGGACCUGUACAAAGGAUUGCACUUCCCAUCGACGGAUAUUCCGAAGCAAGCCCGCGACCUGUAUCGGCUCAAUAAAGUUCGUAUCCUCUACGACCGUGAACAAAUGAGCUCCCGGCUGGUUUGUCGCAGCAUAGAUGAUCUCAAGACGCCGCUGGAUAUGACACAUGCCUACUUGCGUGCGAUGUCCCCGAUUCACAUCAAGUAUUUAGCCAACAUGGGAGUUCGUUCCUCCAUGUCAAUCAGCAUCAACAACACUCAUGAUCUCUGGGGUUUGAUUUCAUGCCACACCCAUGGGGACUCGGUAAUGAGAGUGCCUUUCCCAAUCCGUAAGAUGUGUCGGUUGAUCGGCGACACGCUCUCGCGAAAUAUCGAGCGUCUCUCUUACGCGUCGCGCCUUCAGGCACGCAAGCUCAUCAACACCAUCCCGACUGAUGCCAACCCGUCGGGAUACAUAAUUGCUUCAUCAGAUGACCUGCUAAAGCUAUUUGAUGCAGACUACGGCGCACUGUCGAUCCGAGGGGAGACCAAAAUUCUCGGUAAAUCUACCGAGUCACAGGAGAUGCUGGCCUUGCUGGAAUUUCUCAAGAUGCGUCAGCUCAAUUCCGUGGUUGCAUCACAUCAUGUGAAGAAGGACUUUCCGGAUCUGCACUACCCUCCUGGAUUCAAGGAAAUCUCGGGGAUGCUCUACGUGCCUCUCUCUGCAGAUGGCAAGGAUUUCAUCGUUUUCUUCCGGCGAGGCGAGCUGACCGAGAUCAAAUGGGGUGGCAAUCCAUAUGACAAGACCAUACGAGAUAACCACCUCGAGCCCCGUGCAAGUUUCCAGGCCUGGACGGAGACGGUUAUUGACCGGGCUCGCGAAUGGACCGAGUCGGAAGUGGAAACUGCUGCCGUCUUAUGCUUGGUGUAUGGCAAAUUCAUCAAAGUGUGGCGACAGCAGGAGGCUGCGUUGGAAGGUUCGCAAUUGACGAAGCUUCUUCUGGCCAACUCCGCCCAUGAAGUCCGAACCCCUUUGAAUGCCAUCGUCAAUUAUCUGGAGAUCGCCCUGGAGGGGGCCCUUGACACUGAAACUCGCGACAAUCUUACCAAGUCCUACUCGGCGUCCAAGUCCCUGAUCUACGUCAUCAAUGACCUGCUGGAUUUGACCAAUACUGAAAAGGGACACAAUCUCAUCAAAGACGAGCCCUUCGACUUGCCGUUGUGCUUCAAGGAAGCGACCAGUAUGUUCGACGGCGAGGCACGACGUAAGGGGAUUGACUAUAUCGUCCGCGCUCACCCGGGAAUUCCAAAAACCGUGGUCGGUGAUGAACGGCGCGUUCGGCAGGCAGUCAGUAACCUGAUUUCGAAUGCUGUUCAACAUACGUCUACGGGCGGUGUCACGGUGGACAUGUGGCGGGCCCCUGGCAAUGCGGAGCCCGGGGUUGCAAAUAUCCACAUGACCGUUCUCGAUACGGGCACGGGAAUGUCCCCCGCUAUGCUGGAAACCCUGUUUCAGGAACUGGAGCAGGUUUCCUCGGAGGACGACAGCUACUUCUUCGACCGAGAUGCGAAUGGCGCUUUGCAGGAUAGUGCGGAUGGACGCGAGAGAGGCGUUCUAGGCUUGGGACUCGCUCUGGUCUCCCGGAUGGUGCGCAAUACUCACGGUCAGCUCACCGUGCGGUCCGAGGAGGGCAAGGGCAGCCGCUUCCAGAUAUCGCUCCAGUUCGCUACUCCAGAUGAUGUCCCUGCCGAUGCACCUGAAGGCCCAAGCACUCCGAUCCAGGCUGAUGAUUCUAUUCCGUUCGAGGCAAAGGAAGAGUUCGUUCUAGUCGAUAAUAGUUCCCCUGCUCCAAGUGAGGGAUGGCGACGGAGUGGCAGCCAUCGCGAUGAGACUAAUCAGUCCGACGGUGAGGUUGAUGCUGCCGUUAUGCCAGGCGCUUCCGUCGAUCGCGCUAUAGACGAAGCUGCUGGUCUGCUUCCAUCUUCUGACCUUCGCAAAGUUGUGACCUUGCCCUCAACUCCCAAACCAUCAGAGAUUGGCGCGCAAGAGAAGCUUUUGACAUCCGGUCAACCUCCACCCCCCGAAACCGGCCUUGCAGAGCCCACUAGAACAAGCGCUCCCCCUCCGGACCCGGACCCUAGCACUCCGCCUGGCAAGUACAGUGUUCUUGUUGCCGAGGAUGACCCUAUCAAUGGCAAGAUCUUACAAAAGAGGCUUGGCAAAUCAGGUCACACUGUUCAUCUAACUGUCAACGGUGAAGAAUGCGCGGCUUCCUACCGCGCCGAUUCCACGCGGUUUGAUGUCGUGUUGAUGGACAUCCAGAUGCCGAUCGUGGAUGGGAUCAACUCGACUAAGAUGAUCCGCCAGUUUGAAGCCACAUUGCCAGACAACACAGCGCUCUCGCCGGUCGCGAAGUUGAACAAUCGAAUCCCCAUAUUUGCAGUUUCAGCCUCACUCUUGGAGAAAGACAUGUCGUUAUACGUUGAUGCCGGCUUCGACGGAUGGAUCAUGAAGCCUAUUAACUUCAACCGUCUGAAUGUGCUCUUCGACGGCCUCCAACAUGAAGGUACUAGAAACAACGCCACCUAUCAUCCUGGCUAUGACUGGGAACAGGGCGGCUGGUUCAUGCCCACUCCCGGAGACGAGAAGUAG